UGGAAAACGUACAUCCUCCUCCUCCCACCCUCUCUCCCGAAGCAAAGCAACAGAACCCAAAGGGAUUCCCAGCUCGAACAGUCUAGGGCAUCGCCGAGAAGCUGCUCGAAUCCCCUCCAAAAUUCCAAGGCGAGAGCCACUGAUCCAUCGCAGAACCCAUCAAAUUUCACAAUUCAAAUCAUCCAACCCCACCUCCCGCCACCAAUUCGUGCACACCAAAUCGAGCCCCCUAUCCCCUCGCGAUCAGUGAGUGCCCCCCCAAUCCCCACGCGCCUCGCGAAUCGCUGGAUCAUUUGCUCCCAAUCCCCGAGCCAGGGUCCUAGGGCCGAAAUCUCAGGAAGCUUUCUGCUGCAAGAAAAAUGGGGAAGCCGCUGAUCUACGAGAUAUUGGAGAAGCCGGCGAGCAGCAGCGUCAUCGGCAUCUGCUCCCUGAUCUGGUGGUUCAUCCAGAAGCGGGGCAUCGGGUACGGGGACGUCGGGCUGAGCUACGAGGCCGCCGUCGACGGCGGGCAGUACUGGCGGGUCAUCACCUCCGCCUUCUCGCACAUCAGCGUGGUGCACCUGGUGUUCAACAUGAGCGCGCUGUGGAGCCUCGGCGUCGUCGAGCAGCUGGGCCAGAUCGGGCUCGGCGUCGAGUACUACCUGCAUUACACGCUCGUGCUCGUCGUGCUGUCCGGGCUGCUCGUCCUCGGCUUCUACCACAUGAUGAUUCAGAGGUUCAAGGUGGAGUACUUCAGGAGGGUCACUGCUGUUGGGUACUCCUGCGUUGUGUUUGGAUGGAUGACAAUUCUGGCUGCCAAGCAGCCGUCCUCCAAGCUGAACAUUUUCGGGGUUCUGUCACUGCCUAUCAGCUUUGCGCCAUUCGAGUCGCUGAUAUUCACAUCGAUCAUCGUACCGCAGGCUAGCUUCAUUGGCCACUUGUCGGGGAUCAUUGUCGGGUACUCAAUUGCCUGGGGUCUUAUUCAUGGGAUGAACAACUACUGGGCGAUCACCAUGCUCGGCUGGAUUGUGCUUGUAUUUGUGUUGAGCUUGAAGCGUACAGGAUCUAUGGAGUUGAGUUUUAUUGAGAUCGAACCAGUGACAGACCCCUCACUGCCUUCUGUUGGUGUGGUUUCCACCAGAAAUGGUAGAACUCUGCAGAUGGAUGUGCUGCCCGGAAGAAGAGUUGCAGACAUUGUAUGAUAUGUGCAGAAAUGUUUGACAAAUCUUGUUUUUGUUAUGAAAAUUUUAUCACGUUGGCACCAUGCUAUGUAUUCAUUUUCGAAAUUCUGGUGUCACGGGUGUCUUUGGCCAUUGCUGGUAUAAAGGAAUUCUUCAUCUGGACUUUCAGAUGCAUCUUCAUUUUGAAAAGAAAGGAAUUCUUUUGUGCUAGUUACCAUGUGAA